UUUAUACACACCGCUUUUGACGGGUAAAUUAGAGUGGCUAAAAACUUUGGAUACAAAGUCUUCGAUUACCUAGUGUUGUGAAGCCAGACCAUUAGAGUUACAAGUUUAAACUGUGCCAAAUAUCUAGGAUUCAUCAACUUGGGCGGAAGCUCAGUUCCGGAACGGAGUUGUCACUAUGGACUAUACUUAACACGGUGUUAGUAUAGCAUAUGGACGUUAGACAGUAUGAAAAUCCACUCACCACUUCAAAUGAGUAACUAUGUGCCCAAAACGUUCCGCUACGUCCACGAAGAAGAAGUCCCACCUCAUAUUUGGGAGCGUGUUUAUUCCUCUGGGAAGACGCCUGGAGACGAGGCCACAUCAGCUUGGAAGCCCACUAGUUUGCAUAGCACCUCCCUAAGAAAGCGUCAAAGGACGAUCCGGAAGAUUACGAGAAACUUGGUGCCCGAGAAGUUCAAAUCUUACGAUUCAUCCACGGAAAAAUUGAUGAGCUUCGAGCGACAAUUGGGCUCAUUGGCUCAAAGGGGAUUCUUAAGAGCUUUCAAGCCUUAUCAACCUCCAGAAGAUGUGGAAGAACGCUUCAUGAGCGUCUGUGCGGACGUAGUGCCGGGAUUCGAACCAGGGCAAUCUCAGGAUAUCUCGCACAUUGCGUUAGAUUUGCCUCUGAAGGCCAAAGUGCUCUCCGCACUUGAGCGCGAGUUCCAGCACAAGGUGCCAAACUCAAUGAUCCACACCAUGACUACUUUGGACCACGUGUUUCUCUUCUAUAACAGUCGUGUCGACACCCGGACACCGUACGAAAAAUUGCACGAGAGCAAAGAGGAAGGUCAACUGCCGCCGAAUUUGAACAUUCAGUUGAACCCGGUUCGAUUUAAUCCCGAUGGAGAUCAUUGGAGCAACAUAACCGCCUUCCCUGGCAGCAACACAAUUAUCGUUCAUCCCGAGAACAGGAAAAAGUACAAGGACGUUAUUUGGAAGCGAGAUGCUUGGGAAAAGAACGCUUGGGAUUAAGGCAAAUAAUGAUGAGGAUAGAUUCGCUAUGCAAUGGUUGUCGUUUCUCAGAUUUAUGAUAUACAGUGACGUUGUCUCUUCCGAAAGAA